GGAAAGGAGAGGGGAGCGGGAAGGAGGCAGAGGUGCAAACAGCCGCCGACGCUGCCACCCCCGCCAGCGGUGCCGUCGCCCAGCCGGGUCAGCGCGUGCUUCUCUGUCGCCCGUGAGCCUGGGGAACCUGCAGCUCAAAGCCGCCGCUAGCCACAGCACCAUGUAUCCCGGGAACAAGCGGAAAAAGCUCUGGCGGGAGGAGAAAGAACGUUUGUUGAAGAUGACAUUGGAAGAAAGACGUAAAGAAUAUUUACGGGAUUAUGUACCCUUGAAAGAUAUUCCAACAUGGAAGGAAGAAAUGAAAAACAAAGCCCAAAGUGAUGAAGACAACACCAAUGAAGCUUUCUUGAUGCAGAAAAGUCUUAGUGAAAAAGUCUCCCUAUACAGAGGCGAUAUCACAGUGCUUGAGAUUGAUGCCAUAGUUAACGCUGCUAAUUCAAGUCUUCUUGGAGGAGGUGGUGUGGAUGGAUGUAUACACAGAGCUGCUGGUCCUUGUCUAGUUGCUGAAUGCCGCAGUCUGAGUGGCUGUGAAACUGGACAAGCCAAAAUCACGUGUGGUUAUGACCUACCAGCAAAAUAUGUUAUUCACACUGUGGGCCCUAUAGCUCGAGGACAUAUUAGUGAUAUCCAUAAAGAAGAUCUGGCAAAUUGCUAUAAAACCUCCUUGAAACUGGCAAAGGAGAAACUCAUCAGAUCAAUUGCUUUUCCAUGUAUCUCAACAGGCAUUUAUGGUUUUCCAAAUGAGCCAGCUGCAGUCAUUGCACUUACCACAGUCAAGGAGUGGUUAAGCAAGAAUGAGAAUGAGAUGGACCGUGUCAUUUUUUGUGUAUUUUUGGAAGUUGACUACAAAAUUUACAAGAAGAAAAUGAACGACUUCUUCCCAACAGAGGGAGCUGAGAAGAAAACUCACUCUCCUUCACCCGUGAAAUGCAAAACCAAACUGCCUGAGAAUCUGGAGGAUGAUAAUGAGGGUGAGAAUGGCACAGAAGUGAAGCCAAGCAAUGAUGAACCGGAGCCUCAGAGCCAAGAAGAAGAUGAGGCAGUAUCUAUAAUUCCAAGCAGCCCAGCAGAUGGAGGAGAGAACCUGGGCAAGGAAAAAGAAUCCCCAGAUACAAAAGAGCCUAAUCCAGUGCCUCAUGCAACCUGUGAAGAAGAUCAAGCUGAUGGAUUGCAAGAUGAUUCCUCAGAAGUUGAAAUGAAUACUCAGGCAGAUUCUCAGAUCUCUUACAUGGAAGCUGAAGAUACUUUGAUAACUCAGGAGGAGACAGGAAAGGAAGAGAAACCUCUGAGUCCUGAAGUAGAUAAACCUAAUCAGGAGAGCAAAGGACAAGAUAAAGGUGCAGAAGAAGAGAAAGGAAAGCAGGUGAUUGAUUCCGUGCAGCCGGAAGGGCAAUGCGAUACAGAAAACAUUUCAAGUAUUGAUGUUGAAAUGAAUAGUCAAGUUGAAAACAUAGAAGAGCCUACACAAUCACAGACAGAAAAUUAAUCUCAGGAAGACCAUGAUGACAGAAGAAAGCAGGAAGUGACCGAAGAUCUGCAGUCACUAGUGCAUUAUGUGAUGACAUUCUGACUAACAGACAGCAGCACACCAUGGAGUGCAAAAUAGGGAGGGGGAGGGGAGGGGAGGGCAAUUAAGGGAUUUGACUGAUUCUUUAUAUUUGUUUAUCUUCUCCUGUUCAGUUGGUUUGGUAGAUGACAUGAAGCUUCUCUACUAUGAGUUGUAGAGUCAUGGAUUAGAUUUCUUUGCCUCAUUCCUAUCUGUUCUGCCUCUCCUUUUGAAAUCCUAAGGCCCCAUUCUUCUGCGUAUAUAUUGUUAGCUUCUAAAUACUGUCUCUCAGUUGCAAUUCCUCUUCAAGGCAACAUAGGCAAAGGAUGUUUUAAGCAUUGUCCUUCAAGAGUCUGACGGUUUCUUUGGAGUGUUCACAAAGCACUUACAUCUGUCAUUACUCCCAUCAAGUAAAGAUGCUAAAGUACUAGUAUCCUUUGAUUUGUUGGUAAAGUCAACUUGCCAAUGCUAGUGCAUAAACAUUUGGUAGACUUUUCCAAAAGCCAGUAUAACUACAAGCAUUCGGGGUGAAUAGACAUUACUGUGAAUAAAGAUUUGAGGGUUACUAAUGUCAAAAUUACAACCUCUCCAUUAGGGACUGACAAAAACAAUUCCAGUCACAUGGCUGAUCCCCCAUGCAGAGAUUCUCAGUGCAAAGUAGAGGCUGAAAGGCACUUCUAAAUGGUGAUUGUCCAUAAUCAAACUAAAUAUAGAUUACAACUCCUGCACAGAAUUGCCCUCACACAAAGUGCUAUUUAGCCAUCUCCAGAUCAGAGCUAAUGACAUUUGAAUUAGUCCUCAGACUGUUUUAACUCAGACCCAGGAGAAUAAUUAAGUUGUCCACAGACAGAAUGCAAACAUGUAUGAAAAUGCAUCUCUCAAUGAAUAAGAGUCACAAUACCGAAGAAAGGAUCGUCCAUGUUCAGGAGAAUAACUUUCUUUGCCCCCAAAAUCAGGACAUGGAUUUCUCUUUCCUGUUUGUAAGCAUCCCAAGAUGUGGAAUAUCUCUAACAGGUUAAAUUUUUAUAGGACAAUCCCCGUAAUCAGCCACUUCCUUGCAAAUCUACUCAUGGCAUGAAACCUUUUAUCUAUCCUAAUGGUAUUUCUCCACAGCUCAAUAUUGCAUUGCCUACUAAUAGGUGAGCACCUCUGAGGUAUUUGGACAUGUCUAAAGUACCUAUUAAUUCCAGUGCCCUCUGGGUAAGAGGGGUUGCAAAUACUCUGCAUCUAGCACAUGGUAAUAUGGCUUGUGGCUUUAACAAUUUCAUGCCUACUCUUGUUACAUUUUCAACUGCAUAUGCACACUUUUUAAAUAUAUAAAAUGCAAUUAACAGAAUAUUGGUGAUGAAUGUUGUACCAAAUGUCAUCUGUUUUGCUAGCAAAUGCUGGGUUCAACUGAAAAAAACAAAAAGUUUUACAUUCAUUUUUCAACUACAUUGUAAAUUAAACUGAUACCCUACUUGCAAGAUUGAAAGAACACUCAGCAUGGGUCCAAGCUUGAUAUUCUGUAAACUAGUUUCCAACUGCUGUUAAAAACAAUUACAAGAAGGUUUUUUUGUAUUAUGAGAUGCUGGUUUUGCGUAAUUAUGCAUAUGUACCAUCUUCCAAACUUUUAAAAAUAAUUCCAAAUAUAACAAAGGUGUAUGCACAUGAAAGGAAGCUGAAAUUUACCAGCCUUGGCUUACUUGUAAAUCUCCAACACAAAUCUCAGAUGAAUAGUCACCAUUGUUUAUGCUUACAGUAGAAUACCCAAAUAUGAAUUGGUUCCUGAUAUGUAAUUUGUAGAAAGAUUUUUUUUUUUAAAAAAAGAAAAUUGGUUUUAAAUAGAUACAUAGCUUUGUUGCCUUAUAAGCAAUACUUAUGUAUUCAAAAACCAUCGCGUCCUAAAAAUAUUAUAGAUUCAACUAUUAGUUUCUCUUCUCUUUUUGAACCAUUCAUUAUAUUGGUGGCCUGGAAGAUUCUUUUUAGUUACGACAUAAGCACAGUAUCAUCCAGAUUAAUAUGAAUUUAGAUUUCAAUGAAAUAUAUAAAAUGUUUGGUUAUACUUAUAUCGAUACCAUCUGAUAUUUUUGAUAUGCUUACUAAGAAUGUAUAUUUAGUCCCCCGUUCAUCCAUGGAGCACAUGUGCCUCUUUACUUCUCCACUCCUGCUUGAUGGUUCCCUCUAGUUCUCCUUGCCACUGAGCUGUCAUUUCUGUUUCAGUUGCCUGUGAUUCAAAGAAUUACGGUAGUUAGCCAUCCAACAUGAACAAUCACAAUUCAACAAAAGCAACAAAAUCCAAACAAGUGAGGCAACCUUCAUUGCAUAGAUCUCCUUGCCCUAUUGGAGUCAUGCAUGAAAUGAGAUUUUUUUUUAAUCCACUACAAUAUGUAAUACAUGAUGGUGGGAUUUAAAAAGAAUUCUAGCCUGGAUUCCACUGCAUGCAAACUUAGGAAAGAAAUACUUCAUCCUUCUGGGCUUGUAUAAAC